AGAUUUUCAACGAGACUUGGAGAUAUUAGCAUCACGGAGGAAGAAGAGCACGCAUUUUAAGCAAUAUUAUUUACUUUUCGAGGAGAUUUUGAGCUAAAAUCUAAUAUAUUGUACUUGUAAUAAUCGGGGAAAACUAUCAAAACUAAGAUGUCGGAGGAUCUGGUGAAACAAUUGAGCAGCUACAAAGCUCAACUGCAGCAAGUGGAAGUGGCAUUAUCUACUGAUCCAGACAAUGAAGACCUCCGCAAACUCCAGAAAGACUUGCAGGAAGUCAUCGACCUGACAAAAGAUCUCCUGACUUCACAGCCCAUCGAUGGGGCUUCCACUGCCAGUAGUUCAAACACAGUGCCCGUGAAGCACCACUGGAAACCUGGGCACAAGUGUUUGGCAAUGUGGAGUCAGGAUGGACAGGUGUAUGAGGCCGAGAUUGAGGAGAUAGACCGAGAGAAUGGCACCGCAGCCGUCACCUUCACUGAAUAUGGGAAUGCUGAAGUGAUUCCUCUGCAGAACCUCAAAGUAGUAGAGGAAGGGAAACGUUCUGAAGAUGAUGGCGGCAUGAAGCCAAAAUCAAGGAAGGAGCAGAUAGCAGAGCAGCGAGAAUACAAGAAGAAGAAAGCUCAGAAAAAAGUGCAGAGGAUUAAGGAGUUGGAGCAGGAGAGGGAAGAGCAAAAGUCAAAGUGGCAACAGUUCAACAACAAAGCAUACUCAAAGAACAAGAAAGGACAGGUAAAGAGGAGCAUAUUUGCAUCCCCUGAAAGUGUAAAUGGGAAGGUGGGAGUUGGAACUUGUGGGAUUGCAGACAAACCUAUGACCCAGUACAACGACACGUCCAAAUACAACGUCAGACAUCUAAUGCCACAAUGACCUGAUAUACUUUGUACAUAGUAAUCCAUUGUAUACUAGAUGUGUCAGUGCUUUCCACGGUGUUUAUACACAAUCUAAGUUACUCAAGUAAAGGAAACUUGAAAAGGAUUUGUUCUACACCAGUGUUUUAAAACAUUGUAAUUUUUUUGUAUAUUAUGCGAUUAGAACAAAAAAAUCCAUGAGGAAGUUUUCCACCUUUGAAACAAAAAGCAUCUUAUAUAAGAACCCAGGAUGGUGGUGUAGAAAAGUGUUUUGUUUCCAUUAUUGCGAGGCGAAAUGCCUACAAAGAUGUGUGUAAAUAAAACACAUUCGAGGCUGGAUUUUUCUCUCACCACUCCGAAUAUUAUAAUGUUGUGAAUUUAAAAUGGCUUAAUUUACUUCUGAAUUUCUGUAUAUUUUAAAAUGAGUGAAAUAAACAUUUUGUGUUUACUGUUUAAAAA